GUGUCCAUCUCUAUGGUGUGUGGCGGACUAUCGGGCUCUUCCGGAGAAACAGGAAGUGACAUCAGGGGAGUUCUGGAGCGAGCGGUUUUGAUGCAGCUCGCCUCAGGGGUUAAAAAAAAAAAAAAAAACCCCCCCCCCCCCCCACAACUGCAGCUCGCCCGCCGGUGGCAUCUACCUCAUAAUUUCCUUCCUCAUCGAUCCCUCUUUGCCGGGCGUCUUUUCUCCCUCACCGCUUCCGUGCCGUAUUCCUGCCUCCUCCGCCUGUUGGUGUGACCUCUUCCCCGCUCCCGCUCCGGGUUUGGGAGCCGCCCCCUCCGUUUCUCAGCUGGGCUUCAGUUUAUCUUUGCAGCUAUUGGAAAGUGAUUGUUUUGAAGUAAUGCCCACAGAAAGUGGAAGCUGUGCCACUGCUCGCCAAGCCAAGCAGAAAAGAAAAUCUCACAGUCUUUCUAUACGAAGAACCAACAGCUCUGAACAAGAGAGGUCAGGAUUGCAGAGAGAGAUGCUGGAAGGCCAGGAUUCAAAGCUACCAUCAUCCAUUAGAAAUACACUUCUGGAACUUUUUGGUCAAAUAGAAAGAGAAUUUGAGAACCUCUACAUUGAGAAUAUUGAAUUACGCAGAGAGAUUGAUACACUUAAUGAACGCUUAGCAGCUGAAGGCCAAGCCAUUGAUGGAGCAGAAUUGAGCAAGGGGCAGCUGAAAACAAAAGCCAGCCAUAGUACCAGUCAGCUGUCUCAGAAAUUAAAGACUACUUACAAGGCAUCAACUAGCAAGAUAGUCUCCAGUUUCAAAACAACGACAUCCAGAGCAAUAUGUCAGCUAGUGAAAGAGUAUAUUGGUCAUCGAGAUGGCAUUUGGGAUGUCAGUGUCACAAAAACUCAACCUGUGGUGCUUGGGACAGCAUCAGCUGAUCAUACUGCUUUGCUGUGGAGCAUAGAGACAGGAAAGUGUCUUGUCAAAUAUGUUGGACAUGCUGGAUCAGUAAAUUCCAUAAAGUUUCAUCCAUCAGAACAGGUGUCUCUUACAGCUUCAGGAGAUCAGACAGCUCAUAUUUGGAGAUAUAUGGUGCAGUUGCCUACCCCUCAACCUACCACAGACUGCAAUCAAAUGUCCGGUGAAGAUGAAGUUGAGUUCUCUGAUAAAGAUGAACCUGAUGGAGAUGGAGAUGGCUCAAGUGAUUGUCCCACCAUCCGAGUUCCUUUGACUUCCCUAAAAAGCCAUCAGGGUGUUGUCAUAGCAGCUGAUUGGCUGGUUGGAGGGAAGCAAGCAGUGACCGCUUCAUGGGACAGGACAGCCAACUUGUAUGAUGUAGAGACAUCUGAACUUGUGCACUCUCUGACAGGACAUGAUCAAGAACUUACACAUUGUUGCACUCACCCCACCCAGCGCCUUGUGGUAACUUCAUCGCGUGACACAACUUUCCGUCUAUGGGAUUUUAGAGAUCCUUCCAUUCACUCUGUGAACGUCUUUCAAGGCCAUACAGACACUGUGACUUCAGCUGUUUUCACUGUGGGAGACAAUGUGGUUUCAGGUAGCGAUGAUCGUACUGUGAAAGUUUGGGACUUGAAAAAUAUGAGAUCACCCAUUGCCACUAUUCGCACAGACUCUGCAGUAAACAGGAUUAAUGUUUGUGUCGGCCAAAAAAUCAUUGCCCUUCCUCAUGACAACCGACAGGUUAGAUUAUUUGACAUGUCUGGAGUGCGAUUAGCACGUCUUCCUCGCAGCAACAGACAGGGUCAUAGAAGAAUGGUUUGCUGCUCAGCAUGGAGUGAAGAUCAUCCAAUAUGCAACCUCUUCACUUGUGGAUUUGAUCGCCAGGCUAUUGGAUGGAACAUCAACAUCCCUGCUUUGCUUCAGGAAAAAUGAGAAGUUCUCCUCAUGUUUCCCCAGUUUUAUUGCCACAGACUUUGUGCAGACUUUCCUGUAAGCUGCAGUCAGCAUAAAAGGCGCACUUUGAAAAGGGCGGUGGGUGGAAUUGCAAAUAUUGUUACUGCAUUGUGCACAGUUGCAUGAAAUGUACAGGAAAAAAAAUGUGAUCUUUUCAAAGAAGUUAGGCCAAUGUUUCUGAACUGCGGCAACAUUAAAAGUGUGUGAAUUUCAACUCUCAGAAUUCCCCAGCCAGCAUAGCUAGCUGGGGAAUUCUGGGAAUUGAAAUCCACACAUUUUAAAAUAGCCAAGGUUAAGAAACAUUGAAUUAGGUUCUUGUGUAUGAACUUUUUUUAUCUUGAUAUCCACUGGUGUCUAGAAGGACACUUAGCUUUCCUAUGGAGCAUAUAUGUUUGCAGUUUACUCAUUCUAGUUGAACGUUAGGGCAUUAAGUUCAGCUUAAAUAUGAUUCUAUGUACUUCUCAUGAAAAAUAUAUAGUUCACCUUUCCCCCAUCACAUUACACAUUUGCCCUGUGGAUAAAAGAGGAUAUAAAGUUACUCUUUAAGAUGAAGGAGGGAGCAGUUUGCUACAAUGUGUAGCUGAGCUUUUCUUGCAUCUAUAUACAGUGUGUUCUGAAGACUCAAAUAUAGUAUUAAUUUCAGCUCCUAGUAUAGCUUAGUUACUGAAUUAAAAACAAGGGUCAGGAAAGAAAACUAUAAAUAUCUUUAUAUAUCACAUAUAAAAUGUUGGAUUGCCAUAUUGGGAAUGAAUACUCCUAUACGUCUCAAGACCUAUUUAAAUUAUUACACUCCUGGUCUGAGGAACCACUCUCUGUGUCAGAUUCUCACAUAAGGCAAAUGACAAUAUUUUACAAUCAUGCAAAUCUGAAUAAGUUCUUAAAGCACUUUAGUUUAGAUAUAAACCCCAAAUGUCCAGUUACAUUUCCUGGAGAAUGUGAGACUUGUAUCUAAGAAGGAUUUUUCUUACUAGGUUUUUGUGAAUAUUUUAAAGCUGGUGAGUAAAUCUUGUUAUUUUAACUUGUUUUUAUUUUUUUAAAAAUACACCGAUGUUUUAAUGUAAAUUGACAUAAUUCUCUUUGAGCCAAGGACAGCACAAGGUCAUGUCCAAGCAUUCUGCCAUAGAAGGGGCGUUGCUUCUCUCCCUUCCCUCUCUCACUUAAUGACCAUUCUUGGAAAGAAAAAUUUUAUGGGAUAGGUUGCUUGCAUUGCAAAUUUUAAACUAAAUUACCAAAGAUUACCAAAUUUUAAACUAAAUUUUAAACUAAAAUUGGAACGAGUUUAAUAAAACUUUACCAUGCUGAAAAAAUCAGCUUAAGAAAAAUAUAGUCCCUGUUCAACACAAUUCUCUAAUCCUUCCUUAAAUUUCAUACCAGCACAUACAUGCUGAGUGGGCAUUAUCCUACUUACGUUGUGCUGCCAGCUUUCCAUAUUUAAUUCAUAUUGGCAAGAGCAUUUGGUAGCCACCCAUUGGAAGAAAAAUCUGAAAGUUGUACUUGAAGUUAUUUCACAGAUGAACACAGAAAAUUAUCUUUACUGUCCAUUAUUGUCUCCAAAGUGGCAUGCAAAUUGCUUAACAAAGAGUUUUAAAUUAAUUUCCAUAAAUCAGAGAUGUAGAAAGUAUAGUUUGGGGUGGGGGAAUUCAUAUAGCUUGCCAAGAUCUGCUUUGUGGCCCAACAGAGCUCUUUUUUAAGUAAAUGGUAAAAAAAUUGUGCCCAUCUGAUGGUGUUUGAAACAGAAAAUGGUAUCUUAAUCCUUGCAGAUUUUGAAAACACUUACUCCAUAUUUUUAAGCUUUGUGACUACCUCCCAUUCAAGCUGCAGGCCCCACCCAUUUUUAAAAAGUUGGCUUUGACAUGCUAUAUUAAUCUAGAUGUGGCUCUCAAUUUCAAGUCCUGCAGUAGAGCAUCGUGAGUUAUUAUUGCUUCAAUUACCGCAUUUUUCUUUGGCCAACAUUGUCUUCCAGUAAUUCUGCAAAGUAUGAAUUUUAGAGGCAGAUCUACCUAGAGAACAAAUAGGAUGAGAGUCAAGGACACCAUUUAAGAGGUAAUUGAAAUCCUAGAGACAAGUGGAGAUAUAAAAUCAUAGAAUAUCUGUGUGGUUAUGGCUAUCUCAGAAGAGGGUUUAAUUAUGAAAUGUAUAGAAUUUUAACGUUGCAGGUAAGGGGCUAAUAAUUGAGGUUUAUGAUGAUUAUCAAAUGUAGAUUGUUAAGCAAAUAAUGAUCUACAAGAGCAAGACUUAUAUGAGCUAUGAAUAGCUUUGUUGUGCAUUUUGUUAGUAGUAGUAAUAGUACUAUUUUACAGUGUUUGCAAUGCAAUCUCAGUCUUGCCAGAUGGAGUGUCUGGAGUGGAAACCUGCAGUGAGAGAAACAACCAUAUCAUUUUGCCCUCUUGACUGUUUUUGGCUUUUGCACUGAUGUUAGAACAAACCACCACAACAAAACAUACAUAUGGGGUUAUGUUGACAAUGGCUUCUUGAACUCAUAUAUACUUUGAGAGCAAGUUCCCUUAGUUGUUUGGCCUUGUGAAAGGCCAUUAGGGAAAUCUGGUUUCAUUUUAUUGCAAUAGUAUGAGUAAAGCAGUAAAGCUUUUUAAACAUUUUUAAAAAGGAAAGGAGUCCCUGCGGAUUUUACUCUGCUAUCUGUUCCUGACUAUAGGAGGUGGAGCUCAUCUCUGUUUCAAGGCCAUUGAGCCAGCGCUGUCUGAAGACAUUUCCACAGUCAUGUGGUCAGCAUGACGUCACAGAGUGCUAUAGUAUGAGUACAUACCAUUUUUUAAUAGAGUUAUAAUCCUGCCCACUCAGUGAUGUCACAUCUGCAUUCCCUCCAGAAAUGCUGUAACAUCUUAUUGCCUGCUCCAGAAAUGCUUGUCUGUAUCGAUUGAGGACGGGGUGGGUGGGUUGUUGAUUGAUAGUUGUUGACUAUGAUGCUAUUGUCUCAUCUCCGGAAGUACUUCUGAUUGGUGCAGAAAGUUUUGAUUGACAGGCUGAGCACAUGGUAUCCUAGUCCCAAUCAUCAUCGUCACAAUCAUCACCUUUUAUCAAUAGAUAAAAGGCACCACUUCCUCCAGCCGGCAUUGACAUGGGUGCAGGUAUCCAGAAAGCUAUUGCUAUCGCUGCAUAUGAGGGAGCAAGGAAUAGCUCUACUUCCUUCAGGUCUUCACCACCAAUGUUGAUGGUUCCAUCAGUUUGGGGCCACAUUCUAUAUAUUCCAUUUUUUUGAUGUCCAAUUGAAAUCCAAAUUUGCUGAGCUUUUCAUUUCAUUGCUGCGUUUGUUCUUCAAAGUCUUCACUUUCAUUCUCCAAGAAGACAUCAUUGGUAUAGAAGAGCAAACAUGGAUGGGACAAUUGGAGUGUUUAUGCAAAGAAUGAAUACUAGGGACAAAAGCACCGAUCCUUGAUGCGCUCCGAUAUUGAUGGCCAAGGGAGGCGAUAUUUCCACUGCGACAAUGGACCAUGCUAGUGAUGCUACGGUGGUGGAGUUGAAUCCACUGGACAUAGGCUUCAGGGGCAUUUUGGGAUUGUAGGAUAUGCCAAAUGAGUUCAUGUGGGAUGAGAUCAAAGGCCUUUUCCAGGUCAAGGAAUGCCAUGUGAAUGGGCUUGGUGUUCUCAUGGUGCUUCUCCAAAAGCAACCAAGCAGUGAGAAUGGCAUCCAUUGUUCCACUCUCUUUCACAAAGCCACGUUGGUUUGGAGUAAUGGAGAAUGCAGAGCUUGGCAUCGAUAACCAGCUUGAUUAAAAUAUUUUCAUGGUGUGAUACGGGAGCAUUUGUUCACAUCACCCUUGCCCUUCCAAAUUGGUACUGUAGUACUAGUUGCCCAAGAUCCCGGGGCUGCUCAUUGAUGAUUUGGUUAAAGAGGGCAGCAAGAUUUGUGGCACCUUGGUGGUUGAGGAUCUUCCACACUCCAGCUGGAAUGUCGUCGGGGCUGGUUUCCUUCCCAUUCUUCCUCUUCAUUGCAUCUUUGACUUCCCUGAUGGUAAUUAGUAGCACAGGCGCAGAGACCAGAUUGGCACUUCGGAUUGAAGAGUGGUCAAAUUCCUCAUUCCUAAUUUUGGAGAAGUAAUCGCUCCAUUGGUGGAAGAUGGCAGGCGGGUCUCGAAAGAGUCGACGGUCCUCAUCUAUGUUCUUGACUUAGCCAAUGUCCUGAGUGGUUUGAUGACAUGCAUUGGCCAAGCGGUAGAUUUUAUUUUCUCCUUCAGGCAUGUCCAACUUAUCAUAUAUGGAGUUGAAAUAAGCAGCCUUGGCUGUUGCUACUGCUCUCUUGGCAGCUGAUUUUUGCACCUUGUCAUGUCAGAGAUUUUUAUCGAUGUCGGACUGGAACCACGCUUUUAAUAGCCUCUUCUCCUUCACAGCUGUUUGCACUUCUUCAUUCCUCCACCAAAUUUGUUUACGAUGGCUCAUUUCUCUGGCUUCGUGAAAUUUGUGAAAUUCGGCAUUGGAAAUUCAGCAAACAACUGAUCGCCAAUUUGAAGAAACACAAACAAAUAGUAGUCCUGUCUCAGAAUUGUUAUAUAGUACAUAGAAUUUAUUGACGGUUGGGUGAACAAGGAUAUCUUCCUCAUAUUUUUAUUAUUUGGAGGUCAGUUCACAUCAAUAUUCCUAAUGACUUCGUUUUCUAAAAACCUACAUAUGGCACACGAAGCUUCAUUUGUCUAAGCAGUGGGUGCCAGCCUGGUGCGUGAAGCUCCAUUUGUGUGAGUGGCGGUGUGCCCACCAGUUGUACGGAAUCAUCCCCUCUCCCCCUCUGCUAGUCCACCAAGCCAGAAAGGUUGAGGACUACUGUUCUACAUGAUAACUCCUUUUAAAAAUGAUAUGUACUCAUACUCCUUACAGCCCAUAGCUAAUGCAUGAUUUUAUCUAAUUUGGGGGUUGGUUUGGGAAGGUAAGAAUGGAUUUUAUUGGCAUGGACUAGGCACAUGAUUUUUAAAAUAAAAUAGAGGUGCAUGAGAUUAUCACUAGCUGCUAUUGGCUAAAGGACCAACUUUUCAUAGUGGAGAAAGCUUGUUCUUUCCUAAGCCAUAACAUGGCUAGUUUUUGAGGAGCAAGCUAAUUGCUCAGCUGCUGCAGUAUCUCAAUGUUUUAAUGGAGGUAAAAGAGCUGCCAAGGGCUGAAGCAUUACUGACAAACAUGGUUAAUGGUCAUACAUUUCACAUUUUAUGAUUGCCACCUCGAAUGUUUUUAGCAACUAUUGUGUGAGGGUAUUUUAAUUAUGUCAUAUAUUUUAUUAGGAGGGGAAGUAAUUGUUGCAUAUUUUCAAUUUGGAGACCUCAUUUUAGAGAAGAUGGCUGUAUACUGGGCAAGUCACAAAAUGCAAUGUUUGUCUGUCUUUAUCUCUAUGUAUACAUGUUCUUUAAAGAGUGCACAUUAUUUUUUUGAAGAUAAAAAAAAUGUAAUUUUCAGAAUCUAAAGAAUCUUAUUUUGAUGCUUAAGAUUUUGAAAACCAGCUUCUCUGAGGAAAAUAUGAUGUAUUUCAAUGUAGAACCACUGUGUUUUUUUUGUUUAUAUUUGUUUACUGAUAUUUGGUGAUUGUGUUUUUCAGAUGUUCAGUGUUUGUCCUUGUUGCAAUCUGAAAUGCCAUUAAAAUAUUCAGCAGUU